AUGUUAUUGAGGUUGGAUAAUCCCGCUGGUUAUAUUUGUCUAAUCACUAGAAUUGUUGAAAUAUUAAGACAGAUGAAAAAUAGUGAUAUUUCAGAAAUUUUAGUGUCUCAACAUGAAAAACAAGGAUGGAUAAUCAAUGUUGAUAAAUCGUCAUUUAUUUUGUUAAAAUGA